UUCUUCGUUCUUUUGUAGAAAUGCAGGGAAAGGUCGCAGUGUCGUUGUUGAGACGAGCAGCAGGCGAGGAGGCGGAGGAAAAUGAGCGUUUGCUCAACCUGGACCAUGAGGCGAUGUCGUCGCGAGACGCGGCCAAACUCUCGUCGCUCAAAAAGAUCGUUUUGGCAGACAAUGAAGACGAGAAUUGCUGGACUCUGGAGGAGCGGGCCGACGUGAGUGGGUUCGGUGCUGAGCGAGAUGGCGCCAUUCUGCGACCCGAUGACCUUGUGCGCGUCCUUGUUGACGAAGACGACACUCCCUCGCCUACAGCCGAUUCCGAGUCGGGCUCGGGGUUGGCGAAGAAGCCGGCGGUGGCGGAGUGUGGUCCGAGUCGGCGUCAUGCUGCUGCACUCCUGCAAACACUGUCUGGGAAUGCUGCUGGCGGCCAAAGAGGCGGGCCCGUGAGUGCCCCACUACCCAAGAGCCUCGAGGACCGACUGCGGAGGCACUUGGCUUACGAGUCGGCUGCGGGUCACGUGGCCCGCUGGGACGCGACUGUGGCCCGCCAUCGGCGACAAGACCAGCUCGUGUUCCCACUGGACAACCCGAAGCUCACCUUGCGAGCAGCUGAAGACUUUGUUCGAUCCUCGGUCUGUUUUUCGUCGAAGACCAAGUCCGACCACGACGACGAGACUGCUGCCAGCUUGGAGCAAAGGCUGGAAGCUGCAUUGGCAGCCGGCAAACAUGAAAAGUUGGAGAGGAAGAAGGCUGAUAAAGUGGAGGAUGCAGAAGAAGAGGAAGAAGACAAGAAGCGAGACUCGGCGCGCGUGCGGGACAUGGAGGAGCGGCGAAACAAGAUGGCCCGGUUCCGCGCUCUGCAGUCGUACCACGAGGCCCGGCAGCGACGUGAGAAGCGCAUCAAGAGUCGGUCGUUUCAUCGACACGCCAAGAAGGAGCGGCUGCGGCGAGAUGAGCGGCUGCUGGCCACUGGCGGCGAAGGGGCGGACGCUGUCAAGACGAGAGCCUUGGACGAGCUGGACCGUCGUCGCGUGGCGGAACGCAUGUCGCUCAAGCAUCGGCCACCGACGGCGUCCUCGACGGGGGGUGGUCGUUGGGCCCAGGCCCUGGCUAUUAGAGCCAAGCACGACCCAGAGGCGCGGAAAGCGUUGGCUGAGCAGCUCCGCUUGAGCAAGCAGUUGACGGAAAAGAGAACGUUGGGAGAUGAAAGCAGUGGCGAUGAAGAGGAAAGUGACGCUCGCCGGGCUAUUGAGGGUGAGAAUCAUACGGAAAAGCCUGUUGAGGACGAUGGCUUGUGGGAAAACAUCAAGGAGCGGAACAGGAAGGAUGCAAGGAUGAAGGAGGAGAAGAAGAACAAGAGGAGGAAAACGGCGGCGGAUAUCAACCCGUCUGACUUUGUGUCAGUGAAGGAGGUUGUCGUGAGUGGGACCCAAGCGCCGGACGAGAUGAACGUGGCCAUGGACGCCCUCGACGAUGACGAUGUCGAUGGGCAAAUGGACGAGCAGCAGCAAUAUGGAGGGAUGACUGCAGACUUGGUGGCCGAGGCGUUUGCUGCCGACGAUGUGGUGGCCGAACUGGCACAAGCAGAGCUGGACGAGGGCAAGAAGAAGGAUAAGAAGCCCAGCAGCGGGACAGAGCCGCCGGGUUGGGGCUGUUGGGGUGGCAAGCGGGGCGUAGUUGUCGAUAGGACCGGGAAGCGAGGCCGGCGCAAGGCCCGUGGCCCGAUUCCGUCGUCGACGGACCGUCCGUCGUCAGUAGUGUAUACUGUGGGCCACACGGUGCUGAGUUCUCGUCGCGACGCUGCUGCUCGUCGCUUUCAAGUCUCGGAGUUGCCGUUCCCCUACAACAACGUGGUGGACUAUGAGAACUCUGUACGGGCGCCGAUCGGAUCCACGUUCGUGCCGGAAACGGCAGCCACAGCCCUGCGGGUGCCACGGGUGCGGGUCCACAAGGGCGCCAUCAUCGAGCCCUUGAAGGAUAUUUUCGUCAAGAAGUCGUGA